UUUAUAUGUUCAGUCAGACCGGUGUUGGCGAGAACGUGUAUUCUGGUAGUGAGUUCUGCUGUAGAGAUACGAAUACCAAAGUCAGUCGGAGGUGGAGAAUAUCAAAACUGGAACAAUGCUUCAAGUGGCGGUGUUCAUCGGUUGUGUUGCUAUGGUACUCUGUGACAGUCAACGGCUGUCGGACGACGCCAGCAUCAACGUACUACGAAGUAUCAGACGUCUCAAGACAAUACAAAGGAGGAAUAUGGAACAGCCGUCAGAGGCUCUCAAGCAGAGGAAGGACACCGGCGACCUCCUGACGUGCAACGCCUGUUCCUUCUCGAGCGAAACCAAAAACUGUGUGUACGUGGAUGAAGUGUGUUCCCCGGGGCAAAUCUGCGCGGACAUCUGGCGGAGUGAAGGCAGGAACAGGAACUACAAUGGCUGCAUCAACCCCGACCUGUGCGCCAUGAUCAAAGAGGCCAAGGACACUACCUACGUCAGAGUGUCCUGCUGCCUGACAGACUUGUGUAACUGGUGAAGGGGACAGCCACCUCGCAGAGCAGAGAAAUGGUCGUUCGCAGAACAUUUUCAUGUGACUAAAUGUGAAUUAAAGAAACUGUCGUCGA